UGCAACCCCUCCUCCUCCUCCUCCUCCACGUUAUUUAAUUUUCUGGUUCUUUCCGUAGUCUCUCUGUCUGAGGGUCUGAGUCCAGGUGCUCUGCAGGUGUUCUCAGGCCACGAGACAUGGACAGGUGUUUCAUCUCCUGGUCCUGCAGCGAUGCUGUCAGUGCCGUCUGGUACGAACUCACCUGGAGUCAGCAGUCAGUACCCCUGCCUGUGGACAGUGAGUGGCUGUGGCAUGCCCUCCACUCCUCCAGGAGGUGCUCUGAGCUCCGCCCAGUGUCAGGAGGAGAGGCCUGAUGCAGGCUCCACCUCACCGUGCUCACUCCUGCAAGGCCAAGGACCCACUAGUGCAGAUGUGUCAGAGCAAGCCAAUCAUAACAGGGUGGGAGGGGCUAGCUGGUCAGCAGGCUCCACCCAUUCGUUUUAA